GCCCGCCCCUGCGGGAGCCGGCCGGUGAAGUAGCGGAGGAAAGGAGCGAAGUUUCUGCAGGACGGGAACUCCCGCCCAAGGCAGGAGCCACCGGGAGCGGGCCGGCCGGCCGGGACAUCCGCGGAGGGGGGACCUCGAGGAAGAGUGCCGCAGGGAGCUCCGGCGGCUGCUUUGAUGCAGCUUUGGGUCUCGGUUUCCGCUGGGACAGCGUUGCGCUCCGGGUCAAGUGCCCAUCGCGCUAGGAGAGCAGCGCAAACCCCUUCAUUCCUCCCGAGAGCGUAAGGUCCAGCGCUGCAGGAGCGGCAGGGGCCAUGGUGAAUGAAGGUCCCAGCCUGGAGAGGUGCGAUGACACCUCGGCACAGAGCUUCGACGCGGUCCAGGGGGACCCCAGCGUCUCGGCCCAACCCAGCGUCUCGACCCAACCCAGCGUCUCGGCCCAACCCAGCGUCUCCGCACAACCCAGCAGCUCGGCUUACCCCGGUACCUCGGCCCAACCCAGUGGCUUGGUCCAACACAGUAGCUUGGGUCCAGAGGAGCUGGGCUCCAUCAAGGUGAGCAAGCGGCGCUGGGCAGUGGUCCUGGUGUUUAGCUGCUACUCUAUGUGCAACGCCUUCCAGUGGAUCCAGUAUGGCUCUAUCAAUAACAUCUUCAUGAACUUCUACGGGGUCAGUUCCUUGGCCAUCGACUGGCUGUCCAUGUGCUACAUGCUCACCUACAUCGUUCUGCUGCUACCUGUGGCCUGGCUGCUGGAGAAGUACGGUCUGCGCACCAUCGCGCUCACCGGCUCUGCGCUCAACUGCCUGGGGGCCUGGGUGAAGCUGGGCAGCCUGAAGCCCCACCUCUUCCCUGUCACCAUGCUGGGCCAGGUCAUCUGCUCCGUGGCCCAGGUCUUCAUCCUGGGCAUGCCCUCUCGCAUCGCUUCGGUCUGGUUCGGUGCAAACGAAGUUUCAACAGCCUGCUCCCUAGCCGUCUUUGGCAAUCAGCUUGGAAUUGCGAUUGGGUUCUUGGUCCCUCCUGUUUUGGUACCCAAUAUCAACGACAAAGACAAGCUUGCCUACCACAUCAGCAUCAUGUUCUACAUAAUAGGAGGUGUGGCCACUUUCCUCUUCAUCCUGGUCAUCAUCGUGUUCAAGGAGAAACCAAAACACCCUCCCAGCAGGGCUCAGUCCCUCAGCUAUGCCUUGGCGUCCUCUGAUGCUUCGUACUUGAGUUCCAUCGUCCGGCUCUUCAAAAACCUCAGCUUUGUGCUGCUCGUCAUCACCUAUGGUCUGAAUGCUGGUGCUUUUUAUGCCCUGUCCACUCUGCUGAACCGCAUGGUGAUCUUGCAUUACCCGGGGGAAGAAGUGAAUGCUGGACGAAUUGGCCUGACCAUUGUCAUUGCAGGAAUGUUUGGGGCUAUGAUCUCAGGCAUUUGGCUGGAUAAGUCCAAAACUUACAAGGAGACAACCCUGGUGGUGUACAUCAUGGCUCUGGUGGGCAUGGUGGUCUACACGUUGACUUUGAACCUGGGACACCUGUGGGUAGUGUUCCUCACUGCUGGCACAUUGGGCUUCUUUAUGACUGGCUAUCUCCCACUCGGGUUCGAGUUUGCUGUGGAGCUCACAUACCCCGAAUCGGAAGGCAUGUCAUCUGGCCUGCUCAACGUGUCUGCACAGGUGUUUGGAAUCAUCUUCACCAUCUCCCAGGGCCAGAUUAUUGACAAGUAUGGAACCAUGCCUGGGAACAUCUUCCUGUGUGUGUUCCUCACCCUUGGGUCGGCCCUCACUGCUUUCAUUAAGGCAGAUCUGCGGAGGCAAAAGGCAAACAAAGAAACUCCUGAAAUUCUCGGCAUGGUGCAAACCUGGAAGCCCAGCACUCGGGAGGCAGAGAAAGCCCACGAGGAGGAGGACAGCAACACCAGGAAGGCACCCACUGUCAUAUCAGAGGUUCAUUUCUGACAGGGAGAGGUGGCAGUGACUCAGGGAACACGAACAUUCCACCUCUUCACUCAGCUCAGCUCUCACUGCCAGUGCACAGGUCUUCAUCGGAGAAGCUUUUGGAGGGCACCAGCUGAAAAUAUUUAUGGCUCGCAUAGUGGUGCCUCGGCCUCUGGCAAUCCCUGGAGAGCUCGAUGACAUCUUCGACAUCCAGUCAUCAAACACAGACUGGAUUCCCACCCCCUUCACCUUUGGGAAAGCUCAUGGCUGGUGGUGUUGGGAGAGGAUGGUGGAAGGUCCUGGAGUCUUCUGGUCUUUUCUCCUUGCCUUCCAUCAUCACCUUCACCCUCAUGGAGAAUGCUUGCAAAGUUAUCAAGGGAAGAAAGCUUAUUCAGGAUGUGAACUUUUCUAGUGACUUAAAGCUUCACGAGAAGCCCAGUUCUUUCUAAGGAGAGAAAAGCUGCUUUGCCUGAGGGUCAUUACUGGGUCAUCAGAGGGACUGUUUGACAACCUGCAUCAGAGCAGCCCCACAGGGCAACUCCAUGAGGACUCUUGACUCCCGCUGGGAUCUGUCUAAUGAUGGGAUCUAUCUCCAAAUUCUCCUAUGAGUUGAUCAGACCAAACAUUGAUAAAUUUGACCAAUGUUUUGUUGCAGCCAUAACGAAGGAACUGAUUUGGGAAGGUGAACUAUCUUGAGUUGGGAUGAAAAGAUAGUUUUCCUACAAAAGAAGUUCCUGUCCAGGUACUUCAGUGUGUCCUUGGCCACUCUGUGCACCCUCAUCCUGGACUCUGCACUAGGACACUGUUAUCACCUAAGCAUGUGUUUUAUCUCAAGGGAGAAAUCACAGCCAACUGCACUGUAAACUUCACUGAAAAUGAAAUCACCAUCAUUCUGCUCUGACAAGUCCAAGGCUGCUUCUGAGAGAUGGGAGGACAGGGGUAGCAGGAAAGGUGCUUCUUGAAAUGGGCAUUGUGUCUGUUUGAUGGAACAUAUCCCACCUUGGGUGGGGAUAGAUAACAUUUGCACACACUCGCACCCCCUACCUCCUGCUAGUGAAGUCUCUAUCAGAUAGUCUGCAUUUAAAUAUCCAGUUUUAAAUAUCCAGUUCAAGCUGACCUCCUUGCCUACCUGGCUGCUGCCUGGCUCUUCACAUGGGCUUUAGUAGUAUCUCCUGAAGCAAGAGGAGUUUAGUUAUUUCCCUGUGUUGAGCAGCUGUGGACAUGAAUCACCGUGCUAUCCAGUUUUGGCCACAGUCUGAGCCUCAGUGUAUCAUAGCAGCCUGGGCUGGCUGGGUGCUACUGUUGGACCUGAAGGGACCACAUGUGUGUAUUUGUGUACAGAGCCAAGCAAGGGAUGUGAAGCUGUGUAUGUAAUAGAAGUCUACUCUUACAGUGAUGGGAGUGUUGGAGAAGGGAGAAAUGCCUUAUUUUUAACAGGAGACCGGUGUUUGUUCUUCAGCCCCUCAGAAUGUGUUAACAGCAUGUUUACUGAAUUCAUGGCUUUAUUUUCAAUAUGUAAGUUGUAUUUUCUGUUUGUGAUACCAUUUUUUGAGACAAUAAAGAGUUCUUGAAGUUG